CAAAACUCGGAACCUCCCUCCCCGAGCCGGAAAAAGUCAACACACAAAAUUGUUUGUGAAUCGCUCGAGUAAUUUGUUUUUAAAAAAUGGUUAAGAAAAUCCUUAUGAUUUGUUUGGGCAACAUCUGCCGCUCACCGAUUGCAGAGGUCGUGAUGGUGGAUACGUUGGAAAAGGCGAAGGUCAAGGACGUUGAGGUGGACAGCGCAGCCAUCGGAGGCUGGCACGUUGGCAACCGGGCGGAUUCCCGGGCCAUCAGCACCUUACAGAACCACGGUCUCAAGUGCACCCACAUUGUACGCCAGAUCAAGAAGCAGGACUUCUCGGAGUUCGACUAUAUCUUCGGCAUGGACGAGGACAACAUGAGCGAGUUGCGACGCCUGGCACCCAAGGGCUCCAAGGCGGAGCUCCUCUUGCUAGGGGACUUCGGUCUGGAGAAGAAGAACCGCAUCAUUGAGGAUCCCUACUAUGAGCGCGGAGCGGAGGGCUUUGAGACCGCCUAUCAGCAGUGUGUUGUCGCCUGUGCCGCCUUUAUGAAAGAACGUCUGCAGAAGUAAACAAUAUGUAUAGUUUUUGUGAUAUAGUUAAAGUAAUAAAUGCCAAUACAAAUCGUGAA